AUGGCCGGCUCCGAAGUCACGAGCUCCGAAAGGCGCCAGCGUCGCAAGCACAACGGCCACGGCCACGGCGAUGCGGCAGACGCCCCUCAUAGCGCCAGCGACGCCGAGACCGCGAGCAGCCACUCGAGCAAGGCGAGCAAGUCGAGGAAGCGCAAGCACCACCAUCACAAGUCGGCCGUCUCCUCCCCCGAGGCGAGCGACGCCGACACCGCCAGCCAGAGCAGCAAGCGCUCCAAAAAGUCGAAGCGCAGACAUGCCGAGGCCGACGCCCGCGCCGCCAACGGCGGAGCCAAGCGCCGGCCGAGCCUGAGCCAGCCGGCCCGUGACCCGCGGGACAUCACCGUCAGGAAGAUGAAGAAGCUCCAGGAGGAGCAGGAGGAGGACAAGCCCGCCGUCCGCACCCCCAGUCCCGUCAUUGACUUUGACGGCCUCAGCCGCCCGUCCCGAGGCACGCGCGAACGUCUCGAGGAGAACCCCGACCAGGCCGCCGAGCGCCUCCAGAAGAUGCAGGCCGCCGUUCGCACCAUUCUCGAGUGCGUCGGCGAGGACCCCGACCGCUCCGGCAUCGUCGACACACCCAAGCGUUACGCCAAGGCCAUGCUCGACUUUACCCAGGGCUACCAGCAGAACGUCGGCGACAUUGUAAACAAUGCCAUCUUCCAGGAGGGCCACAACGAGAUGGUCAUUGUCAAGGACAUUGAGAUCUUCAGCCUGUGCGAGCACCACCUCGUGCCCUUCACCGGAAAGAUGCACAUUGCCUACAUCCCGAAGAACCAAGUCAUUGGCAUCUCCAAGCUGCCCCGCAUCGCCGAGAUGUUCAGCCGCCGCCUGCAGAUCCAGGAGCGCCUGACCAAGGAGGUCGCCAACGCCAUCAUGGAGGUCCUCAAGCCCCAGGGCGUCGCCGUCGUCAUGGAGUCGAGCCACCUGUGCAUGGUCAUGCGCGGCGUGCAAAAGACGACGGCCAGCACCAUCACGAGCUGCGUCCUCGGCUGCUUCGAGACAAAGUCCAAGACGCGCAACGAGUUCCUCAGCCUCGUGGGGCUCAAGAAGACCUGA